UGCUGAUUGUUUGCUGCUGAGUCUUCAAUGAGGAUUGUUUUUUAGCUGUGUGUUCAAAGUCCCGACCCAUUAACAGUUCUAAGAUGGGGGACCAUGUUGAGCUACAGAUCACCCCAGAGACUCCAGGCAGACCUUCCAUUAGAAACCCCUUUGAAAGUCCCAAUGACUACCACCAUCUCCGGGAAGCCCUGGUUCCGAGCCCCUCGGUCUUCAAGUCCAAGCCAUGUAAAACUACUCCACCCAAGUUUAACUGGUCUAUCGAUGAAAUGGCCAGUCUUCUACCUGUACACAUAGACCCAGAGGAAAUCCAGCGACAAUCUUUUUACCUCAGCCAGACAAGGACGGAUUCUGACAUUGAGGAAAAACGUCAGAAUGCUAUUGAGCAGUUUUUUACCAAAGGAGCCAUUGUGCCUUCCCCUUGGGCAGCACCAGACAUCCGUAAAGCCCCUCAGCUCUAUAAGAAAAGUUUUAAGUCUGCAAUGAUUGCAGAGGAGCCUGAAAAAAUCUCAGUUGCUUGUCAGACAACCCUUUCGUUGCCUUUGGCUUUUGAUUUGGAAAAAGUAUUAGGAGAAUAUUAUCGUUACGAGGAACCGUGUGAUGCUGUGCAGGAGAGUCUUAGUUCCUCCUCCUUGAGAAGAAAACUGUUCCUCGAUGGCCAAGGCAGUUACAGCGGCUCAGAUAGCUCGAGUCCACCAAGCCCAGAGAGGAGCCAUGCCAGACAGGAGAGGAAAUCUCUCAGCAGAGGAGAGGGAGCUGUUGAAGGUUCUGAGGCUAUAUCCUCUAUCUUCUCCUCCCCUUUGUCCUGUGGUGUGUCGGCUCCGACUCCUUCUACGGGUCAGUUCUCGUCCAGUCCCAUCCAGCAUGGCUGUUUCCGGGACUGCAGCCUGGGCAGCAUCAGCAGUCCUAUGUUUCCUGAUAGAUCGUCUCCUGCUGGCCUCGUCUCCCCCACAAUUUCUCCUAUUGUUGCACAUGCAGCACGCACACCUAUAACCUCAGCUGAAAGAAAGCAGCUGAGCAAUUUGACCCCACCUGGUGUUCCCCUGGACGUAGAUGUUAAAUCUUUCAAUGAAAGUCCAUUUGUCGAAGGGUGCUCUCCCAUUCGUAGCUGCUCCCCACACCAGCUCCAUUGCCACAAUGAGCCCUACCAUGCCUCCAGACCCAAGCCCAGACCCAGAGUCCGCUGCUGGGCUUCCCCUCCCCUCAUCUCACCGAUCCUCAACCCUAAACUCCAAGUCAAUGACGAGGCAGAAGAACCACUCCCCUCCUCCUCAUCUUCCUCCUCUUCUCUCCUCCCUAUGGAUCUAGAUCCAUUGUCACCCCUGGUGAGGGACGCUCACCCUAUUGACAAUGAAAGAGUUACCUUGGAUCCUAUGGAACCUGUGAAAAUGGAAGAAGGAAAGGAUGCAGGAAUAGAAGUGAGGCUGGAGGAUGAGGAGGAUGAAGAGGAGGAAAGUGGAAGGCCCUCAGGACAGCUGACCAGCUCUCGAAUGGGGAACGUGUCAGCAAUAGAAAGCUCUCAGAUGUUUCUGUCUCUUCUGGCAGAGGGAAGCAGCAUACGCUACGAUUCUAGCAUGCAGGUGGACAGCGGCUAUAACACUACCUCAGUGGGCACUGCUAGUCUUAUUGAUGGUCUGAGCUCAGACUGUCACAGCAAAGAGUCCUUCAGUUCCAAUCUGGUGGAAGAAGCCUUCCCAGUUUCUCGACACACUAAAGUAAAGGUAUUUUAUCCUCACCACUGAGCCAACUGAUUUAUGCAUUUAAAGGGACGCCUCUUCCAGGGGAAGCUUGUGAUGGUUAUUUUGCAAUCAAAUACAACAAAGUUUACACUAUGUUUGAAGCAUGUUUGGGGAAGUGAUUUGGUUAGACUGACUGAGGUUGACUGUUAAAUGAAGUAUGAAUAGGAUCAAGGGGUUUCACAAGUGGUUUUUGGUUCCUUUGAGAGUUAAGGUUCAAGUUACCUGGCUGUUGGCAAAUGCUCUAUCACACUGUUUUAUCACAGGUUAACAAAGGAUAAUCUGACCCGUAGACCAUCGUUGCCUCACUGUAAGACACUGAAAGCUAACAAUACUUUUGGAUUUAGUAUACUGGUGUAACAAAGGAGUGGGAAACAACAUGAUUUCUGUACCAAACUUGCACAAGAAUCUCAGUGAAUGCUGUAUUAAUACAUCAUUUCAAUCAUAUUUGGUGCUGACAUCAUUAACCUGUUAGGUCCUAGAUGACAUAAGAUCUGUACUGUAUUUAUGUUUUUAUGAAACCGUUUAUCACGUUGAUUUUAUAUGACAAGAGCUUAUUUUUCCUCUAGUGAAAGAAUAAGAAUUAAUAUUCAGGUUACUUGCAGGUCUUAUUCAUAUCACUAGAUUAUUUAUUACAGAAUAAGACACUGAAUAAUGCCACUAGUGAAUGAAGAGCUGACUGAGCCAUUUCUUCACAAUUUUUCUCCACUUACAAGCGUUGGCUGGAUUGUUGUCAUAUUAAAUGAACUUGAAGUCUUUGUCUGGUUUGAGGAUGGAUUUUUGAGUUGGAUCUUUGUAAAGUGUGUUUUUGCAGUACUGAACGUUCUGAGUAAAGGAGUAUUUUUGACUCACUGACCCUAUCAAUGGUCCAGAAAUAAAAAUGUAUCACUCG